AAAGUCUUGCUUAACGAAUGUCGACCGCUCCGCGAAUAUCGACAGCAAAGUUUCAUCGUCGUCGAAGACAGCAACCAACCAUCGUUAAGUUUUUUUUCCCACCAAAAUCUGGUAAAGAUCGUCGUCAAGUAUUUGACAGAUCUGCGAAAACAACAAAAACUGCAGAAGAAUCGUUCUUCCCACGGCGAACCAGUGCGCGAUCUUGUCCCUUUGAAAUCAUCAUGAGCCAACAGGAAAAGGUCGCUCGGCGUGCGGCCCUCCGCAACGAGUACUGGCGCACGAUGACCAACCCGCACAACCAUUUGCGCGGGGAAAGCGGUGGUGUGUUCGAUACCGGUCUAGCACGGUUCCAGGCGAUGCGCGUUAACCACUACGAGCACUUCAAGCCGACCGGACGCUCGUUCAAGAUUGGAUUGUUUACCGUCGUCAUACCGAUCAUCGUGUACGCUAAGAUGAUGAAGUACGAGCGCGACCAGCGGGAACAGCAGUACCGCACCGGGCAGGUGUCGUACGCUGACCGUCGCUUCAAGUUCAUCUAAAGCGGAAGAAAUGUCGUGUAAAAUACGUGGCGCGUUGGUUGGUGUAGCAUACGUGAAAUAAAUUGUGUCUAACAUGGAACAUCG